AUGGUUUGCGGAACCCCACUGUUCUCCAACGCUGUAUGCAAGCACUCUGAGAUAGAGACCGAGAACGCUUCUGUGCGCACCGUGGUCGCGUACGUUGGCGAAGGUUUCGCGAAGCAUGUCCUCGAGCUGAUAGCAGUCUCCAAAGAUAUCUCGGCCAAAUUGGACGCGGCCUUCCUUGUAAAACCGGCUUUUCUUGCGACUGCCAUCGACCCCUGGAGGAAAGGGCUUGUUUUCAACGCCGUAAUCGCGUGCUUUGAUGUCGAUGAACAGCUUAGCGGUAGCCCGAAUAUCCAUGAGGAUGUUCCACUGAUCAGCACCCCUAUACUCCGCUUCAUCGUAUCUGGCCGCGUUGACCCACUCGUCGGGCACGAUGGCGGUUCCAGGCUGGAUAAUGCGUAUGCUCAGAGUGAGCAGUUUGAGAUAUUCUGCACAACGUCCGGAACAAAUGGAAUCUCAACGUCGCCCGACUUGAAGACUAUAUUGGUCUCACACGAAGCUAGCGAUUGUUACGCAGACGUAGAUGGCCCUCCUGAAACUUCGGUUGAAAGAGGGCUCGUCUUCACGCCAACCGCGCCGCAGGAUUUCGCGCCACAAAACUUCGACGAUGAUCCGGCGGAAAAAUCUCCAUGGAAGCUGGAGCAGAUUGAAAUUAGCGUGGUCUUUGAGAGGUAG